AAGCAUCUGCUUCGACCUUCUUCAUCUCCCAUAAACACUUUGGAAAGCUGUCUCUCAUGUACGGGACUCUCUCUCACGGAGCCCUCUUCAUGGUGCGAUUUCACGACUUCAUUCUUUAGGAUGAAGAAUGUAAAGAUCUUACAAUUGUCACUGCUUUUUGUUUGUGUGCACGCCUGCUUGGCACGUGCAGACUUUGCUCCCUAUUUCUACGACAAUGGGCCCUACAGCCAAAAUGGGAACCUGGCUCUGUUUAGCCUCUCUGAGGACACACCUGUUGGUACACAGAUCUAUCAGCUCAAUGGUACAGACCCCGAGGGCCACGAGGUGAGGUACGGCCUCUCCUUUGACCCAGGGUCCAAGGAAUAUUUCAGAGUCGACCCGAUAUCUGGAAACAUCACAUUGAUUGAAAAGCUUGACCGAGAGAAACAAGACUCUAUUGAUGUUCUCGUCAGUAUCACAGAUGGAAUAAGCAAGGUUGUGGAAAGAGUCACAAUAUUUGUUAUGGAUGCAAAUGAUGAGAAACCUGAAUUUCAGAACAUGCCUGCAAUCAUAGAUGUGCUGGAGACAACACCUCCUGGAAGCAGCAUUUAUAAAGUUGAGGCAGUGGACAGAGACACAGGUUCUGGCGGCUCCAUCACCUACUACCUUCAGAAUCCACCGUUCAGUUUGUUCACCAUUGACAGACAUAGUGGCAUCCUUCGUAUCAGAUCUGGGGAAAUGUUGGAUUAUGAGAAAACCAAGACACAUUUUGUUACUGUAAUAGCCAAGGAUAGUGGUGGUAAUUUUAAUGGAAAGGAGCAGUUUCUGUCAUCUUCUGCCACAAUGACAAUCAAUGUGAUCGACGCUCAAGACACUCCACCAGUUUUCGUUGGGACACCAUACUUUGGAUAUGUUUAUGAAGUGUCAAUGCCUGGAUCUGAAAUAUUUGCUGUUGUUGCCAAAGAUGGUGAUGCUGGUAAUCCAAAUCCGAUCACUUACUCAUUUGAUGAAGAUGAAGACGGUGUGUUCAGCAUUAAUAAAACCAGCGGUUGUAUCAGGCUUGUGAAACAUCCAGUUUUCCUGAAGAGAGAGAUCUACAACCUUAAAGUCAGGGCAUCAGAAGUCAGCCCUGAAGGCACACUCAUGGACUACACGGUGACCAGUGUGGUCAUCCGGGUGGUGGAUCUGAACAAUAAUCCUCCCACCUUUUACGGCGAGAACGGCCCUCAGAACAUAUUCGAGCUCACCAUGUACGAACACCCACCAGAGGGAGAGAUCCUCAGGGGGCUGAAAAUCACAGUCAACGACUCUGACCAAGGUGCUAAUGCAAAAUUUAACCUAAGACUGAUUGGACCAGGGAGGAUGCUACGUGUUGUUCCUCAGACUGUCCUCAAUGAGGCCCAGGUCACCAUCUUAGUUGAAGAUUCUGCUGCUAUGGACUAUGAGAAAAACCACUUCCUCACAUACAAGUUACUUGCUGUUGAGAUUGAUACACCAGAGCGAUUCAGUGCCACAGCAGACAUCGUCAUUCAUCUCCUCGACACCAACGACAAUGCUCCUAAAUUCGCCUUGGAUUACUACAUUGCCAGAAUUCCCGAAAACUCACCUGGUGGCUCCAAUGUUGUGACAGUAACGGCAACAGAUCCAGAUUCAGGACCUUGGGGUGAAGUAAAGUAUUCCAUCUACGGAUCAGGGGCUGAUUUGUUUCUGAUCCAGCCUACAUCUGGCAUCAUUUACACCCAACCAUGGGCCAGCCUGGAUGCAGAGGUGAGGUCCAAGUAUAACUUCUAUGUGAAGGCAGAAGACUCAGAGGGAAAGUACAGCCUGGCUGAAGUCUUUGUGACCGUAUUGGAUCUGAAUGACCACCCACCUGCAUUCAAUGACAAUUUCCUUGAGAAGACCAUGGUGAUUGGAGCCCCAGUGAAAAUAGAGGCUGUAGAUGACGACGCAGAAAUACCCAACAAUGUUAUUGAGUAUGCCAUCAUGAAAGCCGAACCAAACAUCAAUAUCUUUGACAUUAACGCUGACACCGGGGAGAUCAUACUCAAGUCAUACAUCAAGUCCAUGGCCAUUAUUCAGAACAUCACCAAGCAGAGAGACACCACGUGGUCACUGGUGGUUCAGGCCAGAGACCGAGGCCAGCCCUCCUUCAGCACCACGGCAGUCGUCAAGAUCGACAUUACUGAAGCCACCCAACUCAAUGGGGGGCCUUUGGCGUCAUUUAUAAUGCAGAGUAGAAACAAGCCUUUGCAAAUCCUAGGCAUACUCGCUGGUGUCAUUUGUCUCAUGGUCAUAGUCACAGUCAUCAUCUCCACUGCAACGUUCAUGCGCAACAAAAAGUCCAACCGGAUCCUGCCCAACCGCCGUGUCAGGAGGAGGAAGCAGCAACAAUCCUGGCUCAAAAGCCCCUUCAGGAGUUCAGAAAACUCUGGGGAUAAAUUCAAAGUUACAGAGGAGGUGCAGGAGCCAGAGCCGGAGGCCGUCAUGGACAACAUCAACUACAACAACAAUGUCAGCAAUGUUGUGCGACAGUCGCCCCCGCCUCCACCGCCCUGUGCCCCCUUUUUGCCACCUCCUCUGCCUACCUACGUGCCCAGAGAUAGACAGUGGGCAGUACCCACCAUAUCAGCGACAGUGGCCCCCAAACCCAGAAAGAAACCAGUGAUGACCAGACAGGACACUGUGAACAAAGCACUGGUGUCAGAGCUCAAACUGAGACUGGAGCAGAAGAGGUUAAAUCAUCAAUAGUGCUGUGUGCGUGUAUGUGUGUGUGUGUGUGUGUAUGUGUAGGUGUGUGUGUGUGUGUGCGUGUGUGUGUGUGCGUGUAUGUGUGUGUGUGUGUGUGUGUGGCUGUGAGACAAUCUGUGUAUUUUCAGUCUAAUGUAUCCGCCCUAUCUUUCAUGUACUUCACCUUUCAGUUCAUUGCCAUUCAGUAUGUUUUCCUGUGUCACUUUGUAAACAUAAAUCUGUUCAAACUACUGUAUUUGUUGACAAAGUGGAGGCUUAAAGUUCUUCGCCCUCAGAUCCCUUGUCGGGAAGCCAUUCAGAUUUUCAACCAGAGAGACAGUUUAUUUGGAAUCAAACCAAGCUUCUUACAAGAGAUUUCAUGACACUUGAACUGACUAAAGAGAUCAGCCAGAGGAAAGGGAACCAAAGUGGAGGAGCUAUAAUCCAUCUGCGCAGGUGUAAAGAACUGUUUAGAGCCUUGGGUUACGGCAGUCACGACAUGUCUCUGCAUUCCAAUUGUUUACUGUCCAUGAUGGGAAACCUGCUUCAUCAGACGUGUCUUUCUGAAGCAGAUGCUGUUAAAACACCUGUACGUCUUUUAUAACUAAUAAAAGAGCAAUGUUUGUUAUUUCA